AUAGAGGAGGCCUGCAGACACACUGCGCUCUGAACAGAUAAGACACCCUCUCUUCACUCACAUUCUGACCUGCUGCUUUUAGUAAAUAAAUGAUGAACCGUCAGAGAAAUGUUCCUUUCAACACUUCAGCAGCAGCAGCAGCAGCUACAGGACCUGCUCCAGUUGGCCUGUUCAAUCAGCAACAAGCUGGAAGAACACCCCAAGACUUCAGAGAAUGUAUGAUACACAUGCCCAUGAAACCACCAAACUCAAACAUCAGGACAUCUGACAUGGCUGCAAAGACACGACCAGCUCAUAGAAGAGCAGGUCAAUCUUCUGCUGGUAGAUGGAAGUCUUCAUUCAAACCAGUAGACGGUGAACUAAGUGACGAUGACAGUUCUCAGGACAAAAACACAAACAGUUCAGAAAGGAUUGAGCUUUACGACCCUUAUGAUCCCGGCUCAUCAGACUCUGAGUCCGACAUGACACGACGUGGCUCAAACCACGACCACUCCCCACCUGACCAGGAUAAAAACUUGACACGACAGCGCUUGUCUCCCAGCAGAGGUUGUCUUGAAAUCCGUCACUGGAAUUCUUCCUUUUCUGAACCAGGCAGCAGACCUCUUGACAGACAUGACUUUAACCCUGGAACCAGACCUAGUGAGAGUCGAGGUCUCGGUCAAGGCCAUAGACUAACUGAACGACGAGCUUACAGCCCAGACACUGAAUCACUUGACCGGCCUGGGUAUGGUUCUAUCAAUAGACCUAUGGACCACAGAAGUCGCAGCCCAGACAGGCUUAUUCACAGCUCCUCCACUCAGCAGUUCCCUGGAUCUUAUGGAGGACACAGGACCAACGGAGAAGAGAGGAUAACAAUGCCAGAAUACAAGAGAGAGAUGGGCACUACUGUUAGAUUAUCCCCACCCAGGUCAGAGCUGGGUUAUCAACAUCAGUUGGGGCAUAUGGGAACAGGAUUGGACCAAAUCACAUCUUCCAAAGAGGUGACAAAGAACAGAAGCAAAAGCAUAAUAAUAGACAACCCAAUCAGCUGUGACCUUUGUGAUGUUGAGUUUGCCAAUGGGCAGGAGCUGGAGGAUCACUUGGACAGCAAGAGUCACUGGGACACACUGGAGCACAUCCAGCAGCAUAAUAAUUAUGAUGAUCUGGCUAUAGCCUUCUUACAGGAAGUCAUGCUGUAUAAAAGUCGUCAGUGUAGCCGAGCCAUAGAGGACACUGCUUUUCAAGCUCUGCAGGAAAACGACCACAUGACAAAGGUUGAAAUGUUCCACUGUGCGUCUUGCCAAGUCUUCAUAUCCACAUCUGUGUCCUCAGUGCAGAGUCAUAUUACCUCUCAAGAACAUCUCUCCAACACAAAGGAGUUUGGUGUGCAGCAGAGGCGUGCCUGCCUUGAGAAAGCAGAAACCAUGAUGACAGAAUUGAAACCUCAGCUUGAACACUUCCUAAAGGGUGGCAGCCCAUUUGUAUGACUGAAUUCAUCCACAGUCCCCACAGUGAAGUUUACAUUGUGAUACUGUUUGCUUCAGAUCAAGAACAAUGGACUUUACACAACAGUUCACCUUGACUCACAACCACAGA